AUGGGUUGUACAGGUACGAAAGCAAGCAAAGCUGAAGGUGAUAUCGAUCGUUACCAUGUGGAAAUUCUGAAUGCCGCACAAGGAGAUGAUGUCAGACGUCUUAAAGAAAUCUUCGAUGAAUUGGAUAAACGUAAAGCGACAACAACUAAAAAAGAAGUGCUUAAUAUGGUUAUGCUUAUUCAAUUCAAUCUUCCACCUUCAGAAGAGUUUCCUUCCUUUUCUCUUUCUUCUUCUUCAUCAACACCGUAUCUUUCGCCUAAAUCAUUCGCGGAUAUAAGUCCACACGUAGCUACCAACUGGACAGAACAAGUGUUAUCACAAGCAUUACCGUUGAAUGACUAUCCACGUCCGCAUUUACGACGUCAAACAUGGUUAAAUCUCAAUGGACAUUGGUUAUUCGCGACAACCGACCUCAAUGAUACAUUUCCAGUCCAAUUUGAUCGACUGGUUCGCGUUCCUUUCCCUGUUGAAUCCUAUUUAUCAGAUCUUGAUGAAUAUGUCGAUGAACACAUGUUCCUCUGGUAUAAACGAAUGUUCAACCUACCAUUUGCUUCACAAUCACGCAUUCUUCUACAUUUCGAUAAAGUCGAUUAUGAAACCGUUGUUUACAUCAACGACAAACUCGUUGGGAUCAGACAUUGUGGAGGCUAUGACCCGUUUUCUUACGAUAUAACCUCGUACAUUCAUUACGAAGAUUCAAAUGAGAUCGUCGUGCGUGUUUGGGAUCCAUCCGAUCAUUGGCAUCAAGCACGAGGAAAGCAAAUGUUAGAUGUCACAGAACGCAACUCAAUCUUCUAUACACCUUGCUCAGGUAUAUGGGGAACUGUAUGGUUAGAGCCUGUUCCCGAUGUAUAUAUUAAUCGUGUACAAUUUCAAACAAAAAUAUCGACGGAAACAGUUCACUUGAACUAUCAAGUUGAUCUUUUUCUCCCAUCGAUGCAUUCGAAAUAUGCUUUUAUCGAAUACGAAGACGAUGCACGAGAAUUGUUGGAUGUUGCCUUUGAAAAACCAUCACAAGAAUCGAUGAAUAGUGAUUACCAGCUGAAAAUCCAUAUCUUCAAAGCUAAUCAUGAACAUUUCCAUACUUUAACCACACGGCAAAUCAAUCAAAACAAUCAGUUCGUUUUCUCUCUAUCUGAUAUCAACCUUUGGUCACCUGAAGAUCCCUAUCUAUACCAUAUACGUAUUGAUUUAUAUCGAAAAACAACAUUAAUUGAUCGAGUCACCAGUUAUGUUGCAUUUCGGCAGAUUUCGCUUUGCAUGAAAAGCAAACGAAUCUGUCUGAAUCACAAACCAUAUUUCAUGUUUGGUGUUCUCGAUCAAGGCUACUGGCCAGAUGGCUUAUAUCGUGCGCCAACGGACGAAGCGUAUAAAUAUGAUAUAGAACAAAUGAAAAAGCUGGGUUUUAACACUUUACGAAAGCACAUGAAGAUUGAAACAUCAAGAUGGUACUACUGGUGUGAUGUACUAGGAAUGCUAGUUUGGCAGGAUAUGCCUGCGGGUGAUUCGUAUCAAGGUUAUGAAAUUGAAUUUGAGCAAGACAGGCAAUUACGUUUACAUCGAGAUAAUCGAACGAAUGGUCUGCCAACGAAGUCUUCGAUGAAUGAAGAUACGUCCGCUCGUCGGAAAAAGCCCUUAUACCGAGAAUACCCAUCGAAAAUUCGGUUUGAAGAAGAAUUACAAACCAUGAUUGAUUUUCUUUCAUUCCAUCCAUCGAUUGUCAUUUGGGUUCUAUUCAACGAAGAGUGGGGCCAAUAUAACACGGUUCGUCUAGCUAAAUGGAUCGAAUCCUACGAUCCAAAUCGGCUAGUAAACGCAGCUAGCGGUUGGCAAGAUCGUGAAAAUGUGGGUCAUAUGCGAGAUAUUCACGAUUAUACUCGUAAUAUACUCUUACCAACGAUUAAUGACUCAAACCGAGCAUUAGUUCUUGGAGAAUGCGGUGGGUUCGGCCUGACCAAAUCUGGAUGGAGCUACAAUCAGUACCCUGAUGAAUAUUUACUAACAUACGCAUUUGAACAACUCGUUGUUAAUCUCUCCGGACGUCUAUCGGCAAUGAUUUAUACUCAAUUAUCCGAUGUUGAAAAUGAAAAGAAUGGAAUGCUGACUUACAAUCGAAAAAGACUGAAACUCCUUUCCGAGCAUGCAAAUCGUGUGCUGAAACAUGAUUUCUCUCGUUUGUAUAAACUUGAAUACGUAUGGAAUUUAACCUCCAUUCCAUUGACUAAUUACACUCGACUAUCUCUAAAGCCUUCAUUUCAUUUGAUGUUAAACCCGAAUAAUAUUAUGUCGUCCAUGUUUUACUUCUACACAUGUUACUUGUACUCACUUGUAAAUAUCAACAUUAAUAAUCACUUUCAAUUGAUUCUUAAUCGCACACAUGAUACUCUCGAUUACUAUUAUAUACCUCUACCACUGAAUCUCUUUCGUAAUAACCGAUUUAAUCAACAGUACUCUCUUGGUUAUCGAGAAGCAGACGGCUUGACAGCUCUGAGUAUAGCAGCUGGAAAAAAGCACAAAACACUAACUGAAAUUUUAGCUACAUGUCCCGAAGUCGACGUCAACAAAGCAUCAUUAUCCGGUAUUACACCAUUAUUAAUGGUCGCAGAAGUCGGCUGGCCCGAUAUACUUGAUAUUCUAUUACAACGGGGUGCAGUUGUUGACUCAGCACCAUCUGGAAAACGAGCGGAAGAUAAUAAAAUCGCGGGUUCAACACCAUUAAUUGGUGCAACAAAAUACAACCAUCCCGAAUGUGUUAAACGCCUAUUAGCACACCAUGCUAAUCCAAAUCAUCAAAAUCAAUCGGGUAUAUCGGCAUUGAUGUUAGCAGCAGAACAAGGUUAUUUCGACUGUGUUAAAUUACUUGUACAAGCUGGUGCCGAUUUGGAAUUAGCACCAAGUGGACAAUUAGCUUUAACAAUGAACUUAUGUGGUCAAACACCAUUAUUCUGUGCGGCGAAAGAAGGUCGAAUAGAUAUAGUGAAAUAUUUAUUAGAUCGUGGAGCUAAUCCUCGUGUACAAAAUCAUUAUGGUGUCAGUGCAUUAUGGAUUCCAGCACAGAAAGGCAUGUUACAAGUUGUUGAAUUAUUAUUGAAUGCCGGUGCUGAUACGCAUGUUGCACCAUUCGGUAAUCUCGCUGAUGAACUAAACAUAACCGGUUGGACUCCACUUUAUGCGGCGAUGAAAUCUCGAAAAUUCGAUGUAGUGAAACUACUUCUCAAACGUGGUGCCGAUCCAAAUGCAGUGACCAAACUGGGUUCAACACCGUUCUUACUAGCGUCAGAAAUAUGUGAUUUAGAUAUAAUUGAAGCAUGUGUUGAAGCCAAUGCAGAUCUGGAUUUUGCACCAAGUGGUUCAGAUGCUGAUAAUUUGAACAUAACGGGUCAAACAGCACUUUUCAUGGCAACACUGAAAGAUCGUGUUGACGUUGUGAAAUUUCUCAUAGAAAAACACGCACAAGUUAAUGUACAAAAUCGCUAUGGUGUUUCUCCAUUACUUCUUUGUGCCGAAUCGGGAAAUUUUGAACUUGUACAAGCACUUGUUGAAGCGGGCGCUGAUGUGAAUAUCACACCACAAGGUGAUCUAGCCGAAGAAAAUUUUCUCGCCGGACAAACGCCACUUUUCGGUGCAGCGAAGAAAGGUCACGUGGAAAUUUGCCAAUAUCUAAUAAAAAACAACGCCGACGUCAAUGCUGUAACGAUGACGGGCGCCACACCAUUGUACACGGCAACCGAAGAAGGACAUUUAGAAGUCGUCGAACUCUUGAUUCGACAUGGUGCCGAUGUCAAUCGAUCACCACAAGGACAAGUGGCACGUGAUCUUCAUAUUGAAAAUCAAACACCUUUAUUAAUUGCAUGCAUGAGAAAUCAUGAACCGAUCAUUCGACACUUAAUUGAAUCUGGUGCGAAUGUCAAUGUAACAUCGGAACGUGGUUCAUCACCAUUUCUCGCCAUUUGUCAGCAUAAUAAUGUUGAAUUAGCACGAUUACUCAUUCAACACGGCGCACGACAUGAUGUCGAAGCUAAGAAUUUAUACGACGGAAAAAUCAAUGGAUUGAUUGUUGCUGCAGAAUCGGGCUCAUUCGAUAUCUUACGUUUGCUAGUCGAGGCCGGUUUAGAUGUUAAUUACAAAAUUGAAGGAAAAGGCGAAACAGCAGGUCGUACACCAUUAUUCUGCGCGUGUGCAAAAGGCUUUCAAGAUAUUGUAGAAUAUUUAAUUGACCGAGGAGCUGAUGUAAAUGGAACAGAGAAGAGUGGCCUUUCAUGUUUGCACAUUGCGGCAGCUAUGGGCCAUGCCGACACCGUGCGAAUCUUAUGCGAACGCGGUGCCAAUGUUGAUCAACAAUUUCGUUUCGAAGAACAAGAUGUCACAGCCUAUGAUUUAGCCGAAUCUCAGCAGCAUGAUUAUGUUUGUCAAGUUCUUAAGAAUUUCGGCGCACGACAACCACCACAUAGUACAUUGCCCAGCCAUGUAGAACCUAAUAAAUAA